GUCUGAGGUGUAUAAAAGGGCUUCACUAAACACAACUCAUCAUGCAACAGCAGCCCUGACCACGAUGACGCUUCCAACAGAUACACAGCAACAAAGGAGCUCAAACAACAAAAGUAUGAAUAUGGAUGCGGCCAAACUUGAAGCGAAGACUGGCAACAAAGCUCCCCUCAAAGUCAACGGCCCUGUGGCCGGCCCGCCCAAGUUCAAACAGAGGAAUAGCCGCCAGUUCAAGAGCAAGCCGCCCAAGAGGGGCGUCAUUGGCUUUGGAGAGGAUAUCCCAGGAAUGGAAGGGCUUGGCAUGGACAUCACUGUAAUCUGCCCAUGGGAAGCAUACAGUCAUCUAGAGCUACAUGAACUGGCUCAGUAUGGGAUCAUCUGAGUCUCUUCGCUGAGAAAUUAUUUUUAUAUCUACCAAAGGGAACCGAUGUGGCAAGUUCAGAAUAUCAAUUAGCCUAUACCAACCCAAUCUGGAUCAUUCAUAUUGGCUUUUUUGUAUUAGCUCAAGAACCAAAAUGCAAAACGGUGUCUGCAUUUAGUGGAUGCUUUGCCUAAGUUGUUUUAUACUGUAAAUUCAAUAUAUUUUCAUAAGACUCUCAAGCUGCCAUUUGGAAGUCUGAUGCUGCGUGUGUCAUUGCCUGAGGUUGCAGUGGGAGCUGUAACAGGAAGUUUGCUUCAAAGAGGGAGUUUCUGCACAAAUGUUUAAUCAAACUCAGAAUAAAACUUGGAUUUUUUAAAACAUUUUUGUUUUUGUUUUUUCCCCCUCUUUGCCAAACUUAGUGUGUUAUUAAAGGUGCUAUUGAUAACAUUGUUAACAUUCAGCCCAAGAUGUCGCAUUCUACCUCCCCCGUUCCAUUGCAUUCACUUCACAACAAGUCGUUGCCGGGCACUUACCGUCAAACUCAGUCUGUUUUUUUCCACACUAACUAACUGACGACCCAGAGAUACC